AUGGGUCUGGUCAAAAAGCUACAGUCGCUUGCUCUUCUGGGCGUGGCCCUUCAGGGGCUCGCUUUCGACUUCGACUUCCCUCAGGCCGACAUUGACUCGGGGAGGGCCUUGCAACAGUUAGGCGAGACGGCCAGGGAUGCUGCUCUGGCGCGGCUCGAGGCUUCGCCCUCGUCGACAUGCACGAAGGAGAGCGUGCGAAUGCGCAAGGAAUGGCGAAACAUACCUGGGGAGGAGAGGAAAGCCUACGUGAAGGCUGUUGAAUGUCUGAUGGAGUCGCCAAACGUGUAUCCGAACGUGACUGGGCCGAAGUCGAUGUUUGAUAGCUUUGGUGUCUUGCACUAUUACUUAACGCCGUACGUCCACAACUCGGCGUACUUCCUCCUCUUCCACAGACUCUACAUCUGGACAUACGAGGAGAAGCUGAGGACCCUGUGUGGGUAUACCGGGGCGUUCCCAUAUUGGGAGUGGGGACUGGACGCCGGGGGUGUCGAGAAGUCGCCCGUCUUCGACGGGUCCGAGACCUCAAUGGGAUCAAACGGCGAAUAUGUUGAGAAUCCCGGAAACCCCUUUUUCGGCCGCGGCACCGGCGGAGGCUGCGUCAAGGAGGGUCCCUUCAAGAACUACACGGUCAACUUCGGCCCCAACACCUCCCGCACCCCCCUGGUGCCGAACCCGCGCUGUCUCAAGCGCGACCUCAAUACGCAGAUCUGCGCACAGUGGGCGUCGCUGCGCAACACAACCGAGACCAUCAUCGAGAGUCCGGACAUCGCCCUCUUCCAAGCCAACCUUCAAGGUGAUUACCGCUGGCCUGAGGCACGGAAGUGGGGGUUCGCCGUUCAUGGCGGCGGUCACUUCUCCAUCGGCGGCGACCCUGGCGGUGACUUCUAUUUCUCACCGCUAGAGCCGGCCUUCUACUUGCACCACGGUCAGAUCGACCGUAUGUACUUCAUCUGGCAGAAUCUGGACUGGGAGAACCGGCAGACCAUGGCCGGCACCAUCACGAUGAUGGACAUGCCGCCCAGCCGCAACGGUACGCUCGACGAUGUCCUCGAUAUAAAGCCCGUCGGCGGCUCCUAUACUUUCCGCCAGCUGCUCGACACCGUCGGCGGCUCGCCCUUCUGCUUCGUGUAUGAGUAA